AUGUGCCACCAGGAGGAGCAUGGAUAUUCUUGUAGUGAUUAUCUUCGACAAUACAACCAUGUAGCGCCGGGGCCGAAGAAGAAGAUUGCGGUGGAUGGGGAAGUUAGGGCAAAGUUGGUUGAGUGGUGCUAUUCCAUUGUAGACUUCUGCAAAUUCAACCGGGAGACUGUGGCGAUUUCGAUUUCGUAUUUGGAUCGUUUCCUGCUCAGUGAGUUGGGUUUGGUAACUCUUCAGGAGCCGACAAUCUAUCAAUUGGCUGCAAUGACAUCUCUGUACACUGCAAUUAAGAUCCACGAACCGGAGGCAAUGGAUCCUGAACUUGUUUCAAAUCUGAGCCACGGGGCUUACACGAUCGAACAAGUAGAGGCAAUGGAGUACGCUAUUCUUCAAGCUAUUGAUUGGAGAGUGAACACUCCCACGGCGUUGGCGUUUGUUCGCCAUUUCUUGGACUUGUUGCCAAACAAGGUGCUAGAUAAGGCUACCAAAGCGGCGGCCUACGACCUUGCCAUCAACCAAACAGAAGUUGCCGUUCGGGAGUACAAGUUUGUGACGGUGAAUGCAUCGGCUGUGGCUUAUGUUUCGUUGAUGAACUCAUUAGAGAGUUUAUGCAUUGACUCCAAGACCUACGACUAUGUUUGUCGCGUCCUUUCGAAGGUAUCCAACAUUGAUCCGGGUGCCAAGAACGUCCUUGAGAUGCACAAGUAUCUCUAUCCUCACGUGUCGGAUCACCACCAUUUGAGCAUCGAAGAGAUGCAGCGUAGGGCUGCUAAUCACCGUGCGGCAAAAGCGGAAGCGGCAGUAGCAGGGAUGAAAUCACCCAAAACUCAAACAGCCGUUGCUGCUGCGCCAAAGAAGGCUUUGGAACAGCAUCGUGCCGCAUUCUUUGGACUCUCUCCGUGCUCGACAUUCGAUUCGUUCCCGUCCAGGUCAUAA